AUGCUCUUUAAGCAGGCAGAACUGUGGAUGCCCCACCAGGGCAAGGGCAAAGGCGAGCCUCCCUUGGCCCUGGGCCUGUCCACCAGGAAGGCCCUCAGCAUCCUGCAGGAGCAGCUGGAGGCGGUGCUGGAAGGACAUUUGAAGGAGCGGAAGAAGCGUCUCACGUGGAAGGAGAUGUGGAGAAGCAGCUUCCUGCACCAUGGGAACCGCUGCUCCUGUUUCCACUGGCCUGGGGCCUCGCUCAUGCUGCUGGCGGUGCUGCUGCUGCUUGGCUGCUACGGAAGCCAGCCGGCCGGGAGCCACGGCGUGGAGCUGGUCAACGCGGCGGCCCUCCUCUUCCUCCUGCUCCUCAGCCUCCUCCUCAUCGGGCGGCAGGAUCGGCUGAAGCGGCACGAGGUGGAGCACAGGCUCCGAGGGAUCGUUGACCAAAUCCAGGAUGUCCUCAGGGAUGGCAAGGAGGCCAGAUGGCCAAGUGCCAUGUACCCAGACCUCCACAUGCCCUUUGCGCCAUCCUGGUCCCUGCACUGGGCCUACAGGGACGGACACCUGGUGAACCUGCCCGUCAGCCUGUUGGUAGAAGGUGAUGUCAUUGCUCUGAGGCCGGGCCAGGAAUCCUUCGCAUCUCUGAGGGGCAUCAAGGAUGACGAACACAUCGUCUUGGAGCCAGGAGACCUGUUCCCCCCCUUCUCCCCACCCCCCUCACCCCGGGGAGAAGUGAAGAAAGGGCCCCAGAACCCCCAGCCGCACCGGCUCUUCCGCGUCCUUGAGACCCCUGUGAUUGACAACAUCAGAUGGUGCCUGGACAUGGCGCUGUCCCGCCCGGUCACCGCCCUGGACAACGAGCGGUUCACCGUCCAGUCAGUGAUGCUGCACUACGCCGUGCCCGUGGUCCUGGCCGGCUUCCUCAUCACCAACGGGCUACGUUUCAUGUUCACGGCCCCCGGGCUCCUCUCCUGGCAGUACACGCUGCUCCAGCUCCAGGUGAAUGGUGUCCUGCCCAUCCUCCCCCUGCUCUUCCCAGUCCUGUGGGUGCUGGCCACCGCGUGCGGAGAAGCCCGCGUCCUGGCCCAGAUGAGCGAGGCCUCCCCAAGCUCGCUGCUGGCUAAGUUUUCGGAGGAUACACUCAGCAGCUACACAGAAGUCGUCUCCUCAAAGGAGAUGCUGCGCUGCAUCUGGGGUCACUUCCUGAGGGUGGUUCAGGGGACGUCGCCAACCCUGAGCCACAGUUCCAGCCUGCUGCACGGCCUGGGCUCUGUCACGGUCCUGUGCUGUGUGGACAAACAGGGCAUCCUCUCAUGGCCGAACCCCAGCCCUGAGACAGUCUUGUUCUUCAGCGGGAAGGUGGAACCCCCACACAGCAGUCAUGAGGACCUGACAGAUGACCUGUCCACGCGCUCUUUCUGCCACCCCGAGCCUCACGAACGAGACGCCCUCCUGGCGGGCUCCCUGAACAACACCUUGCACCUCUCCAGCGAGCAGGAGCGGGGUGACUGGCCCAACGAUGGCACCAAGCCCCCCGAGCCACACCCUCACCACAGGCCACACGGCCGCAGCAAACACCCAUCCGGCUCCAACGUGAGCUUCAGCCGAGACACUGAGGGCGGGGACGAGGAGCCCAGCAAGACCCAGCCUGGGCUGGAGGGCGGGCUCUGCGAAGCGGAGGACUUUGUCUGUGACUACCACCUGGAGAUGCUGAGCCUGUCCCAGGACCAGCAGAACCCCGCCUGCAUCCAGUUCGAUGACUCCAACUGGCAGCUGCACCUCACCUCCCUCAAGCCACUUGGCCUCAACGUGCUGCUGAACUUGUGCAACGCCAGCGUCACCGAGCGGCUCUGCCGCUUCUCGGACCACCUGUGCAACAUCGCCCUGCAGGAGAGCCACAGCGCCGUGCUGCCCGUGCACGUGCCCUGGGGCCUCUGCGAGCUGGCCCGCCUCAUCGGCUUCACCCCCGGGGCCAAGGAGCUCUUCAAACAGGAGAACCACCUGGCGCUCUACCGCCUGCCCAGUGCCGAGAUGGUGAAGGAGACCUCGCUGGGCAGGCUCUCCUGUGUCACCAAGCGCCGCCCCCCACUCAGUCACAUGUUCAGCCUCUUUAUCAAGGACACCACCACCAGCACAGAGCAGAUGCUGUCCCACGGCACAGCCGACGUGGUCUUGGAGGCCUGCACAGACUUCUGGGAUGGAGCCGACAUCUACCCUCUCUCCGGGUCUGACAGGAAGAAGGUGCUGGAUUUCUACCAGCGGGCCUGCCUGUCUGGUUACUGCUCCGCCUUCGCCUAUAAGCCCAUGAGCUGUGCCCUGUCCUCACAGCUCAAUGGCAAGUGCAUCGAACUGGUGCAGGUGCCCGGCCAGAGCAGCAUCUUCACCCUGUGCGAGCUGCCCAGCACCAUGCCCAUCAAACACAACGCCCGCCGCAACAGCUGGAGCUCUGACGAAGGGAUCGGGGAGGCCCUGGAGAAGGAGGACUGCAUGCAGGCCCUGAGCGGCCAGAUCUUCAUGGGCAUGGUGUCGUCCCAGUACCAGGCCAGACUGGACAUCGUACGCCUCAUCGAUGGGCUCGUCAAUGCCUGCAUCCGCUUCGUCUACUUCUCCCUGGAGGAUGAGCUCAAAAGCAAGGUGUUUGCAGAAAAGAUGGGCUUGGAGACGGGCUGGAACUGCCACAUCUCCCUCACGCCCAAUGGGGACAUUCCCGGCUCCGAGAUCCCACCCUCCAGCCCCAGUCACACAGGCUCCCUGCAUGACGACCUCAACCAAGUGUCCCGAGACGAUGCAGAAGGGCUUCUCUUGAUGGAGGAGGAGGGGCACUCGGACCUUAUCAGCUUCCAGCCCACGGACAGUGACAUCCCCAGUUUCCUGGAGGACUGUAACCGGGCCAAGUUGCCCCGGGGGAUCCAUCAGGUGCGCCCCCACCUGCAGAACAUCGACAAUGUGCCCCUGCUGGUGCCCCUCUUCACCGACUGCACCCCUGAGACGAUGUGUGAGAUGAUCAACAUCAUGCAGGAGUUCGGGGAAGUGACCUGCUGCCUCGGCAGCUCUGCCAACCUGCGCAACAGCCGCCUGUUCCUCCAGAGCGACAUCAGCAUCGCCCUGGAUCCCUUGUACCCGUCCCGGUGCUCCUGGGAGACCUUUGGCUACGCCACCAGCACCAGCAUGGCCCAGGCCUCUGACGGCCUCACGCCGCUGCAGCUCUCCGGGCAGCUCAACAGCUUGCCUUGUUCUCUGACCUUCCGCCAGGAGGAGACCAUCAGCAUCAUCCGGCUCAUUGAGCAGGCUCGGCACGCCACCUAUGGCAUUCGUAAGUGCUUCCUCUUCCUGCUGCAGUGCCAGCUGAUGCUCGUGGUCAUCCAGUUUCUGGCUUGCCUGGUCCAGCUGCCCCCUAUUCUGAGCACCACUGACAUCCUGUGGCUGUCCUGCUUUUGUUACCCUCUGCUCAGUAUCUCUCUGCUAGGGAAACCGCCCCAUAGUUCCAUCAUGUCUGUGGCAACAGGGAAGAACCUGCACUCCAUUCCUAAGAAGACCCAGCACUACUUCCUGCUCUGCUUCUUGCUCAAGUUCAGCCUCACCAUCACCUCCUGCCUCAUCUGCUUUGGCUUCACACUGCAGAGCUUCUGUGACAGCUCGCGGACACGCAACCUUACCAACUGCUCCUCCAUCAUGCUGCCCAGCAACGUGGACACGGCUCCCAGCUGGCUCCAGGACUUCGCCAAUGGGUUGCUGCUGGCCCAGAAGCUGGCUGCCGCCCUAAUCGUGCUGCACACUGUGUUCAUUUCUAUCACUCACGUGCAUCGCACCAAGCCCUUGUGGAGGAAGAGCCCCUUGGCCAACGUCUGGUGGGCUGUCACAGUACCCGUGGUGCUGCUGGGCCAGGUGGUCCAGACGGCGGUGGACCUGCAGCUGUGGACAUACAGGGACAGCCGUGUCCACUUUGGCCUGGAAGACGUGCCUCUGCUGACGUGGCUCCUGGGCUGUCUCUCCCUCAUCUUCGUGGUGGUCGCCAACGAGGUUGUGAAGCUGCACGAGAUCCGGGUCCGGGUCCGCUACCAGAAGCGACAAAAGCUGCAGUUUGAAACAAAACUGGGCAUGAACUCACCCUUCUGA